UCAUUGUGGGGAAAUAGGAUAAGGCAAGAGGGUUAGCGAGAGCCUUUUUAUUAUUCCCUGCAAAUCGGGUCGCGGGCGUUGUAGUAGUCGUUGUAGCGGCUCAAGUCCUCGAUGUCGUUACCCGUCGCGCGAGAUCUGGGGCUGUGGUGGGAACGUAUGGUUACCCCUCCGAGGACCAUGUAUUAAAGGACGCCCUGAUACCAGGUUUCGCUGCGAUAUUUGAGCCGCUGUUGUGUUAUGCGACUAUUCCUCUUGUACUUUGAUAAGCGCUUUGAUAGCCUCACUGCCGCAAAUAUGGCCGAGUUCAAUGAUAUUGAAUACGAGGGUAUUGGGGGGGAUAGGAAUAUCGUUGUGGAAGGUGAUCGCUGCUUUCAAGAUUAUUCUCCGAGCGACACUAUCUUGGACUUGAGCGAUGGUGGGGAAGCGCUUUACGCACGCUCUGUCCCCUCAUUUCCCUACGCAUCGCAAAGUCACGAGCCGGUCCCACGUCCUCAAACGAACGAUGAAGCUGUCACAGAGGCCGGAACACCUAGAACUCCAUCCAUGUUAAGCCACAGGGCUCUCGUCGCAAUGCAAAAAAGCACACCGCGGGACCCGACAGCUGAGCAACCCCCUCUGGAAAGAUAUCGCCGUGACAUACAAGUAUACGAACGACUCUCCCUAGGAAUUGAGCCUAGUGACUUCGGACUUCUACCCGAAGCGAUAGACACCUCACCGCAUCCUAAAAUAGGCAAUGGAAAAGCGCGACAAAGCCAAUCUUCGAUGAUAUCGUCACUGCACUUGAGCUUGAGCCCGAGCCCAGUUCCAUCAACAGGCCCCGAAACAUCGUCGGCUGCCGAGCAACUUCGCGAGCUGCUCGGUGUCAUCGGAUCUCCGGGGUGGGAGGAUGACACACCACCGGAAGAGCAGGCGGAGCACCUGCGGAAAGCUACAAGACUAAAAAGACGCGUCGGAUCGGAGACGAACCCGAGAGAAGUAAGGCUGCCCAAGGUUCGUAAGCGGGAUCACCAGGAUCAAAAUGCUAGCAAGGGCAAACAUUCGUCGUCUUCCUAAGAAGAUAGAGGGUUUUGAAAGGUAGCGAGCGUUAUAUACAAUGAUGAUUGACGGUAUAUAUAAGUAGUUAUAGAUUUGGAGUCAUU